AUUCCCACAUUGGCUGUGCAGCCAACUCCAGGGCGCUUUGCGGGACUCCACUGCCGAACAUGGGGUUCAAUUUUGUCACCGUUCGUCAGCACAGAGUGACUGUGGAGAAGAACGCCACGGAAAAGCGAGUGUGAGCGAGGACAAAGUGUCGGUUUCUGUGAAGAACUCAAGUCAUCUCCAUCCGAGCGCGUCUGCCACGGAGAAGAAGGGGGGAGAGGGGGAGGCUUUACUGGAAAAUCAGACUUUUCACACAGUCCUUGGACCCACUGAGCUCUUUCCCCGAACGACUGCGAGGAUCGAGUCAGAAAGUUUUAAUGCUGAAUACUCCCGCAUCAACCUGAGGUCCUGGGUGUAAGGGGGAGCCGCAGGUGUCGGAGCUCCAAUGCCAGUGGACAUGCAGCCACACCAGGGGCUGUAUCACUAUGAGACCUCCACCAGUCAGCCCUCCAGAGGCCUAGUUCCAUCAGACCAGUCUCCCUACAGUGAUGUGUCUUCGCUGCGUGCCCCGCUCCACAACGGCCCUCCCCAGGACUGCCGAGCCAUGUAUAAUCCCAUGACAUCCAGUAUGACUCAUGGAUCAGGACCAGGACAGGGGAUUGGCCACAGCAUGGAUCAAUAUAUGAGGCCCCCUCAGGCCCCACCACCCCACAGCAUGAUGGGCCACAGGGGCAUGCUGCCCCCAGAGGGAGGCAAUAGCACCCCCUACUGUAAUCAGAACAACAUGAUGUCCUCUCAUCAUAACUUCUGCCAGGUUCAGCCUGGCUCGGAUCAGAUUGGGUCUGGUGAUGGUUCAAGGUUCUCCACACCUCGUUCCAUGCUGAAGCUGAGCAAAAAGAGAGCUCUGUCCAUCUCUCCUCUGUCUGACGCCAGUGUAGAUCUACAGACUGUGAUCCGGACGUCGCCCAAUUCCUUAGUGGCCUUUGUCAACUCGUGCCGCAACCCCAACGGAGCCAGCUCCUAUGGUCAUCUCUCCGUGAGCGCCAUGAGUCCGUCCCUGGGUUAUUCCAGCAACAUAAACUGUCAGUCCAGGCAACAUGGUGCCAUGUACGGUGGAGGCGGGGUUACGCCUCUGGGUGGACACACGCCAGGUCCCUGCCAAGCCUCCCGCUUACCUCCACACAAUCCUCGGCUCCACGCUCCACCCAAGCAUGGACAUCUGAAAACAGAGCCGGGGCUGGGCAGUGUGAUGGACGGCAUGACUAUUAAGAGCCUGGAGGAAAGGUCAGAGGGAGACGUGGCGAGUCCCUCCUCCACUGGGACUCAGGACCCUCUCCUUGGUCUAUUGGACGGCAGAGACGACCUGGACAAAGAGGAUGGGAAACCAGAGUUGGAAGCAGUUUAUGAAACAAACUGUCACUGGGAAAGCUGCAGCAAGGAAUUUGACACACAAGACCAGCUAGUUCAUCAUAUCAACAAUGAGCACAUUCAUGGAGAGAAGAAGGAGUUUGUGUGUCACUGGCAGGAGUGCUCUCGCGAGCAGAGGCCUUUCAAGGCCCAGUACAUGCUGGUGGUUCAUAUGCGCAGACACACUGGAGAGAAGCCACACAAGUGCACUUUUGAAGGCUGCAACAAAGCCUACUCUCGCCUGGAAAAUCUGAAGACUCACCUGCGCUCUCACACCGGGGAGAAACCAUAUGUGUGUGAACAUGAAGGUUGCAACAAGGCUUUCUCCAAUGCUUCAGAUCGUGCCAAGCACCAGAACCGAACUCACUCCAAUGAGAAACCUUAUGUAUGUAAGAUCCCCGGUUGCACUAAACGCUACACAGAUCCGAGUUCUCUACGCAAACAUGUGAAGACAGUGCAUGGCCCUGAAGCCCACAUUACCAAGAAGCAUCGUGGAGACACAGGCCCUCGACCUCCUGGAUCAGCUAUGACACCUGGUGGCCAAAACUCUGAACUGCUGCUGGAGAAAGAGGAGACACACAGGGAGGACUGCAAACUGUUGGCUCCUGAUACUUCCCUGAAAUCUCUGCCAAGUCCUGGUGGUCAAUCAUCCUGCAGUAGUGAACGCUCUCCACUAGGGAGCGCCAACAACAAUGACAGUGGGGUAGAGAUGAACUUAAAUGCAGCGGGCAGUUUGGAGGAUCUCACAGCACUAGAAGAUGGAGUAGGGGCUGGAGGAGGAGGUGGAGGAGGGGAGCCAGGAGGUCUAGGAGGAACAAUGGGUAUGUCAGCACAGUCUUUGAAGAGACUGGAGAACCUUAAGAUUGACAAGCUGAAGCAAAUCCGUAGACCUACCCCCCCUGGCCGCUGUGCCAACAACAAGCUACCAACACUUCCUGGUACAGGAGACAAUCUCGGAAUGUGUGCACCCUCUCCACUGCUUUCAAAUCGACGUGUCAUGGAGUUGUCUAACCAUGAGUUAGGAGGUGGAGCUUCCAUUGGCUGCUCUACUAAUGACAGGAGAGGAAGUGGCACCAGCAGCCUAAGCUCUGCCUAUACCGUCAGCCGUCGCUCCUCCAUGGUGUCUCCUUAUCUGUCCAGCAGGCGCUCCAGUGAGGUCUCACAAAUAGGAGGAACAGGAGGAGGACAGUGUCACCUUAUUGGCUCAGAUCAGAGUGGGGGAGAUACCCUCUCUCCGGAGACCAAUCGUAGAGGAGUUCCAUGUCCUGGAGGUGGAGGUUUGCCAGGUCUUCCCAAUCUAACACCUGCCCAGCAGUAUAGCCUGAAGGCCAAAUAUGCUGCAGCAACUGGUGGACCACCACCUACUCCUUUACCCAAUAUGGAGCAGCCAGGAACUCCAGGCAGAAGAGGAGGUGUUUUGAGUGAAUAUCAGGGUCAGCCUCUGCCUCCUUUCAUUCAGCAAAGUGGCCCACGUAGACACAGUGCCAACACAGAGUAUGGCACUGGUGUCAUCUUUCCUCACCAGGCUCCAGGCAACAACAGCAGGCGAGCCAGUGACCCGGUUCGGUCAUCGGCAGAUCCACAAGCUCUUCCAAAGCGUUUCAAUAGCCUUAACAAUAUAUCUAUGAUGAGCCGAAGAAAUGCGCUGCAACAUCGCGGUUCUGACACUAGCCUUUCCCGCCACAUGUACUCCCCGCGGCCACCGAGCAUUACUGAGAAUGUAAUGAUGGAGUCCAUGGGUAUGGAGCCCCACCUUGCCCCUGUUGAUACCAGGGAUCGUUCUAUGAUGAUGCCCCCUGGAGAAAGAAACUUUAGGGGAUAUCAGCAACAGCAUCAAACUCUUGGAGGAGUUGUAGGUGGAGGUCCUCUUCCAAACCAGCUGUCCCCAAGCCAUGACUCACUGGGCUGUCCAGACCAGGGUUACAUGCAGGGCCACUACCAGAACCAGGCAAGGGAAGUCACUUCUAGGACUGGUGGAAAUCCAAUGGCCCAAGAAAGACCCAUUCAUCCAGAUGGCAUGGCAAGUACACUUCUCCAGCAGGCUGAGUACAGUAUGAGCACUUGCCAGCUCAGUCCCUCACGUCCUCAAUAUCCCAACAUAGGUCAGAGCAGUAAUGCUGGAGGCCCAUGGAGUGACACCCACGGCCAUGUCCAAACUUCCAACCAUGCUCUCCAGAAUCAGCGAGCAGUACAGUAUUCAGAGCAUGCCCUGCAGCAACAGCAGACACAGGCCCACUUCACUAAUCCAACAGGGCUCUAUAACAGUCCUGAUGGAACCCACAAACUCACCAUCAAGCCUGAGCAACAAUUUCAUCCCGGGAUGGGAGGCAGAGAUGCCUGUCAAAAUGCUAAACUCCAACAACAGCAGAUGCUCCUCCAGCAGACUCAGGGUUUCCAACAACCAACAGGCCAAGUUAUGAUGAGGAACUCUAACAAUCCGAGUUGUGAUUUUCAAGGGCAGAACCAAAACUCUUACCCAAAUAGAGGGGGUUUGAGUUUGGGUUGUGCAGGGCCUGCUCUCUCAGAGGGGCAGAGAUCAGAAACCCCCAUGAUGCAGGUGAAGGAAAUGAUGGUCAGGAACUAUGUACAGUCCCAACAAGCACUCAUGUGGGAGCAGCAGCAGGAACAGCAGCAGCAAAGUGGAAUAAAACCUUCUUCUCUCUCUGACAAUAUGGAUAUGAGUGGCCAGACAAUGAUGCAGCACAGUCCACAGCACCAAAACCAGAAUCUGUAUUCCAACCAGCCCUAUCCCUCCUACCCCAACCAGAACUUGGUCAUGAGUCCUCCAGCCCACAGCCAAGGGCCUGCGCCUGUCACAUGUAAAGACCAGCAGCUCACAGGUCUCCCAGGCUCAUGCUAUGGUCAGGAGAUGGUGGUCCCCAGGCCUCCUCAGGGACGGAAACCUCUCAGUCGCCAGAAUAGCCUGUCACAGGUAGGCGGAGGCUACCUGGGCAGCCCACCUCACCUCAGUCCUGUCCAUUCUACUACCAGCCCUAGACGAGGGGGCCGACUGCCUCCAGUUCAGCACCCGCAGCAUCCACAAAAUGAGAUGUUUUCUCCUUCCAAUAACAACAACAUUUACUACUCAGGUCAGAUCAGCAUGGAAAUGGAGAAACACAUGGACGCCCAGAACGGGCCUUGUAACAACCAGCAGCAUAGCAUGCCAUCAAACCUUGGUCCAACAGUUGGAACUAAGUCUUCCCCAAUGGCUCCUUACCCAGAGUCCGGCCCCAUCUCCAAUGACUUAGAAAACCUUGACCUGGACAAUACGCGGAUAGACUUCACAUCCAUCAUCGAUGAUGCUGAGUCUUCCUCAUUCAGCCUGGCAAGCAAUCCACUUCAGGGUCAGCCAGGUUCUGCCUCCCAGGCGUCAUCCCGCCUCACCACCCCUCAGACUUCUGUCAGCCUAGCUGCAGGUUCUGGCCUGACCAACAUGGCUGUUGGUGACAUGACAUCCAUGCUUACCUCGCUGGCUGGGGAGAACAAAUACCUGAACACACUGUCUUAGAAAACAAGACGACUCUUGUGCAGCUCAGCAUAUAUUCAGGAUAACAAUCAAUUUGAGUCCUUGGCAUGGUCUUAAUAAAGACAGUCUGGAGUUCCUUUUGCUUAUAGUGAUUUUCUCUUGGACAUUAUGGGGUAAGACUUUUGAAUGGAACAUUUCAUAUAUUGGAUCAUUAGUCUAGACUUUUUUUUUUAUACAUCCCUACAAGUCUUUAUGAAUGAACCCAACACAUUAACCCUUCUUGGAGUCAGGAUCCUGAAUUUGCAAGGGGUCUGUUGCUACUGGAUACCAAUGUAAAGGGGAAUAACAACAUACCAUAAUGCAUGCUACUAAGCUACUGUGAUGUGGUCCCACCGUGGGUUUCAAAAUUGUUACAAUUCACACCUUGAACCUUAAAACCAAAGGUGCCUGAUCACUCUCACUCCUUGCUGUAUAUUCCUCUGCCUUGGUACUUAGCAUUUUUAAGCCUGAUAUGAAACUGAUCCCGAACUUUUUCCAAGAAGGCAUUCCAGUCACGUGGGGCUGUGGCAACAGUGGAGCAGAGAAUGAUACAUGUAAAUACGUUUUUAUAUACAUUUAUAUAUGUUGUUAAUAUGACAAUGAGACUUUGGAAAAAAAUCAUCCUCUGUCUCGUGAUCAAAUGCUUGGAUACUGAAGGCUAAAUGUUCACAUGAGAGUGAGUAAGAUAAUACUUGGGCAGGAUAAGAAAGAUGUGCUUUUAGUGAUUGAGAAGUAAUUUCUCGGUGCUACUAAAUAUUAACCCGUAUCGCUAGAUUUCUCAUGAACUCUGUACCAGAAGCAUAUCAGUAUUCACACACAUGCACAAAUGUAGACCAGGACACACGUCGUAAUCCCACACGUGCUCAAAUGCAGACACAGACACUCAGGACUUUGAAUCUUUGGUGUUAAAAUUGUGUUGUCAUUGCCUUUCCAGACAGAGAGUUUGCACUCUACAUGUUUACUGUAAGUGUCCCUAAAGCAGCUGUGUCCAUGUUUGCAGUGAUGUUUAUAGAAGUCAAACACAGAACAUGCCUUGCCAUCUCUGAGGUACAUACAUAAGAGGCUAACAAGUAAAGCUAAGUAAGGUAAUGUGUUUGCAACAGUGCGCUCCACAUUACAUUAUAUAUUCAAACAUACUGCCUCCGCUCAACACUAACCAGACCUGCGACUCGUACAUGACUCAGAUGAGGAUGACGGCUUUUCUUUCUUGUAAUGAAACCUGAUUCAGCUGGUAUGUAUUUGAUAAGAGAUCAGUAAUAGUUGCCUGCAUUUGAGAAACUGGGGUACAUAGUAUGGUGCUGCUGCAUGUUGGCUCUAAUCCCAAAGAGGAGUUAAUUGGAGAAAAAAAUCUGCAUUACUAAUUCAAGGCAGGGUAUCAACGUUAUGAGUUGCCGCCAUUGUAGUGAAAUGGUUAUUUUGUGGUUACACUGAGGUACUUUUUUGUGACUGUUAAUCGUAUAGAAAAAGAAUGGCUGAAGCUCUUGGCAGGAGAACUCAUUUUACACUGUGGCUUUGCACUGACUACAGCACUGUCUGGAAAGGUCUCUGUCUUCUGACUAUUCACACAAACCUCAUUUUGCUAAAGAAUCAAGAAUUCUCACAGUAUUUUAAAAUCACGAUUGAAGAACACGUCUGAGCACAGCCAGACUCCACAAGGAAAUAUUACGGAAGCAUUGUGUUGUGAGUGUUCAGGAAAACAAAAUCACAACAUAAAGUGUUAUAAUAUGCCUUUGCAGGAAUGAACAUUUAUUCAUAUUGGUACAGUGUACAACCUACCAAAGACACCUUAAAAUGAAAGUAAUGCACAAAUAGUCUAUUUUAACACAACACUAAUACUAGCAACAAGCAACACUGACUGAUAGUGCUGUUCUCUAGAAUGUAUGAGAUGUUUUGUAUAAAGUUAUCGUUUUAUUAAUGAACUGUAUGUAUGUCUUCUCUGUGCGUGCAUGUGUGUGUUUGUGUUUAUAACUGUCAUCCUUCAUUCUGACUUUUUUGCUGGCAAAAGAAUAUCACCUUUAGCAACAGAAAGAUAUAAUAGUAGCAUAACUGUAAUAGACAAAAAGCCAAGUGAUAUAUUUUGUGUACAAUUUUCUACAUUUUUAUACAAAUGUGCUAUAUUUUACCAGUUCAUGAAUAAACAUGUUCAGUUUGGGAUGGA